CUUGUUUGAUAUUAUACAUUAUUUUUCUUUCUCCAAAUUGGCCUAUAACAAACUUGAUCUUGUGACUUUGAACUAAUUAGCGAGGUUGUUGAACCAGAGAAACUUUGAAACGUCGAGAACCCUACCUUCCCCUCCUCCAGAAUUGGCUUUGGCACGAAGGAGGGAUCGAAACGAAACCAUUGGCUUGGGCCCUUCCAUUCCAAAUGCCAGGUGUCGCCAGUGAGAGCCUCAUCAGCCUUAUCCCAAUCACCACAAAAUCUAAUCCUCCUCGUCAUCCCAAUAUCCAAAACCAGCCAAUUGGCAGUCACUAAUUCCCCACCCUUCAUUCUCCAGUUUCCACACAACCUUACUCAUAGUCACAGGCGCCACUACCUGGAAGUUCCAGAAGACAAAUAAGAAAAAAGGGAGAGAGGGCCAAAAACAGAGCAACAGUUUCAAAUGGCUUCCACAGCAUGCUUCCUGCACCACGCCGCACUCACAACUUCCACCAGGUCAGCGGCCGCUUCCUCCGCCGCCCAGCGACUUCCCUCUCCCGCCGCCGCCAGGCUCGUCUGCCGUGCCCAGAAACAGCAGCAGCAGCAGCUGGAUGAUCAGGACACCACCAACGACGGCGCCUUGUCCCGUAGGUUGGCCCUCACCCUCCUGGCCGGAGCCGCUGCCAUCGGCUCCAAAACCGCCCCCGCCGACGCCGCCUACGGUGAAUCCGCUAACAUCUUUGGGAAGCCAAAGACGAACACGGAUUUCUUACCCUACAAUGGGGAAGGGUUCAAGCUUUCCAUCCCGGCGAAGUGGAACCCUAGCAAAGAGGUGGAGUAUCCAGGGCAGGUGCUGAGAUACGAAGACAACUUUGAUGCCAACAGCUACGUCAGUGUCAUGGUCACCCCAACUGACAAGAAAUCCAUCACCGACUACGGUGCCCCUGAAGAAUUCCUCUCCCAGGUCAACUUUCUGCUCGGGAAGCAGGCUUACUUUGGCAAGACCGAUUCCGAGGGUGGGUUCCAGUCUGGUGAGGUUGCGACGGCCAACAUCCUGGAGACAUCAACUCCAGUGGUGGGAGGGAAACAGUACUACAUUGUGUCGGUGUUGACGAGGACUGCCGACGGAGAUGAAGGCGGGAAGCACCAGCUGAUCAGCGCCGCUGUGACAGAUGGGAAGCUCUACAUUUGCAAGGCGCAGGCUGGAGACAAGAGGUGGUUCAAGGGUGCUAGAAAGUUUGUCGAGAACGCUGCAACUUCCUUCAGCGUCGCCUAAGACACGAGGCAUAUUUGUAUUGUAGCCGCUUGCGUGUAAUGUAAAUCCUAAGCACAACAACCUUGAUUUCGGAAUGCGUAUGGCUGUGAGUUGGUGUUGUUGGCAAGAGCUUUACAUUUUCUUAAGAGUUUUUUUUUUUUAUACAAGGGAGGCCAAAGGCCAGGAACACCAGAGCAAAGGCCCUGUUAAAACAAGAAACCAACCAUAAAAAGAUCACCUGCAGAAUCACAGACUAACACCAACUCAUUGCUGG